GCCUUCAGUGCCGCUUCUCCAUGUACUUCACAUUACCGCCAGACACGCUCACAGCAGUUUCAUUAACUUUCAGAGUUCGGUUCGCACACUUUAGCUCAUCUUGAAACAAACACUUGACGUUAAAAAGCCAUCGUGACGCCUUUUGCGUGUGGAGUAUCUGAAGCGCCAGCGGAGUUAUCGGUGGUGGGAUGAGAAACAAAAGCGAAUGUCUCUGGUGUCAUAAUGUCACGGUGAUUUUACGUUUUUACAUCGUUACUUUUACAUUCUGACUAUACGCAUCGAAGCCUCGAAAUGGCGCGAAGCGGGGGUGACAAACAAGGCAAACUCGAAUUCGACGAAAGUCGGAUUGACUCCGGAAUCGACUCGUACAAAUCGAUAUCCAGAGAACACGACGGGAAUUUAGACAGCUCGGAGGAUAAAGAUAAAACCUGCGCUACAGAUGAGAGACUGGACUCUGCUUAUGUCUCUUCAUCGCUUACGGUGGACAGUUUGGGGGAUUUUAUCGAGAAGUGCAGCAUUUCUGAAUGUGAAAGCACGACGGACUGUGAAUACACUGAGGAGGAAGUGAAUUUCUUAACCACUGUUACAGAGGAUGGAGACACGAUUCUUCAUUUGGCCAUAAUUCAUGAAGAAGAAGGUUUUGCACAUCAGUUGAUAGACCUGUUUCCUCCAGAGCUGAUGGAUAUUCAGAACAACUUGUAUCAGACGCCGUUGCAUCUGGCCACGUACCUGAACCAGCCCACCAUAGUGAAGGGCCUCGUAGAAAAGAGGGUCUCACUGGAGCUCCAGGACCAGGAAGGAAACACCCCUCUCCAUGUGGCGUGUGAGCACGGAUUCUGGGAAUGUGCCAAUGAGAUGAUCCACAACACCUCGCCCAGCAAACUCACCAACGUGCUGGAAGCACAGAACUGGAGAGGUCUCACGUGUCUCCAUGUGGCCACGCUGCGCAAGCAUCAUCGUCUCGUGCGGCUGCUGAUGAAGAACAGCGUGGAUCUGAACAUCCAGGAGGGGACGAGCGGGAAGACGGCGUUACAUAUGGCGGUGGAGCUGCACGACAUGCCGGCCGUGAACCUGCUGCUAAACAAAGGGGCGAAUGUGGACGCCACCAUGUUCAACGGCUGCACCGCGCUGCAUCUGGCCGUGGGCCGACAGGACGCUGCCAUCGCCAACCUCCUGUGCCAGGCUGGAGCCGACAAGAUGAUCAGAAACAUGGAGGACGAAACGGCCCUGGAUCUAGCUGAUGGCAAUGAUGAUAUUUUGGCCUUGUUCCCCUUCGAUGACAUUCAGAUCAUGGGCAGGACUGUCAUGAACUUCUCAUGAACGUAUCAGCGGCAUGUUCUUUGUGUUUUUAAAAACUGAUCUGAAGUGUCAGGACUUUGAUCUUUAAUUUGUACAGCUUUUGGAAACGUCUGCCCGUCGCCUCAUCUAUUUAUGUCCGGCGGCGAUCGUGCUGCUUGAUUUGUUUGGCAGUAACGGCUUCGAGUCAUCUGUGCAGAAUGAUCUGCUGCUACGUUUUCGAGACGUGUCACGUCACUCGUAUUGUAUUCAUGUAAAACGACACAAAUGCAUUCUGAUUGAUGAUUAGCAAUAUUGAUGUUUUGUAGCAAUACUGUGUUGUCGUAAACAAGAUGAGCAAAUCAGACCCUGCUUUGCAAACUUGUUUUGUUGAAAUACCAGGUCGUAGUGCCAAUAAAAGAACUUGUAAUAUUUA